GCACAAGCUCCGUUUGGCAGAAGGUGAAAGGACGCGCUGUGGCUCUGACAUCUUUGCAAGUUGCAAUUGUGCAAACCUGCCAGGAGCAACUUGGGAAAGGAUGCAAUCCUGCGCUAUCAUGGGUGCCCAGGUGGGACGCAGGUGGGCAGAAGGGCAGAAGGUUGCAGGAGGGGUUCUGCAUUGAGAAAAACGCAUCUACCUAGGUGAAGGAUUUGGGGGUUUUGCAGAGGUUUCAAAGUUUCCAUGCUCGCGUUUGGUGACCAGCUGUAGCAGCCAGCUGUUUUUGAAACCAUCAAAUCAAGUUAGGGGUUUGUGUAGCAUUUCUUAGCAUGCUAAAGCCAUGCGGUAGUUUGGCACCUCAAAAGGUGCAAGGAGGUGAGGAACAGACUGAUUACAUCAUGGGUUGAAGUGGAAGGGAGCGGAUGCGCGCAUGAUUGCACGCGCAAGAGGGAUGUCAAGGGCAGGGGACAGUGUCAUUUUGGAGGAGCAGCUGGAUGAGAAUUACGAGCCUAAUCAUGAAGAGAUCCUGGAAUACGCAAAAUGGCUGGGGAUGGACGUACAGCGCGAGCCGGAUCUUGUGUGGAUUGCACGGGAGGGCCUCAAGGCGCCGCUGCCCGAGCACUGGAAGCCCUGCCGCAUGCCCGACAACGACAUCUACUACUUCAACUUCCAGACGGGGGAGAGCACGUGGGACCACCCUUGCGAUGAUUACUACCGAAAGCUUUAUGCGGAGGAAAAGAGGAAGCACGACUGGCACCUGCAGCGCGGCAUGGCCCCCACAACUGCACCGCCGCAAGGACGGGGCCAGGGCGGCGAAUCGGCCCGGAAACGGCUCCCCGCUCUCCCCCCCGAGUAUGCCGGACACAUGGAGGGUCCGCCGGCCCCCCGAGGAUUUGAUGAGAACCGCUCUCCGGAGAUGCGAUGGAACGGAGACAUGAGGCCGCGCGCGGCGCAGGACGGAACUCCCCAGUCGUUGCGGCGCAUGCCUGGAACCGGCGAAGGCCCCGGGGGGUCGCACGUGCGGCCCAGAAUCAUGUCUCCUCCGCUGCCCACGUCCGUGCUGGUUCCCAAGUAUGAGCUAUACGGGCAGCGGCAGGCGGCGGAACGGGCGUCGAGCACUCCCCCAACAUUUGGCAAAGGAGACGAAGAGUGGGGCCGCGACGCCCGCCCCCCCCCUGCCCAUCCCGGGGCUUUUCAGCAGUCGUCCCCCCUGACGCAACGCUCCAUCUCCAGCACCCCCCGAGUCUCAAACAGCACCCCCAACUCUCUUAACCGUGGCGGGGGGAAGCAAUGGGUGCAACCUCAGACGCAACCUCAGACCCCCCGUGCUAGCUCAUCCAUGGGGAACUCCCCGUACCAUGGCGCUUCCCCCACCCAGACUUCUCUCCGCAAUGGGGGGGUCGUUGCGGACUGGUCUGACAGUGAAACCAGUGACGAGGAAACGCACCCUGCGAGGGGGGGUUCUUUUGGACAGUCGGAGCAAAAGCGGCAGCCCAGCAAGGCGCCCGCGAGCGCCAACCCCGACGAGCACAUCGUGAAGGCGCAGGAAGCCGCGUACCGGCGCGAGUUUUUGGCGCGGCAGAGGCAGGAGCGAGAGGAGUGGGAAAUCGACGUGCGGCAAAAAGAGCGUGUGGCGCGCGAGGAGUGGGAGACCGACAUGAUGAAAGACACCGACAAGUGGAAGAUGAGGCGGCGAGACGAGAUUUUUCAGGAACGGCAUUUGCUCGAGGAAGAGUAUAACGAGCAGAUUGCACGUUUGAAGGAUAAGGAAGACUCCACGCUCAACCAGAUGGCGGCAGCCAGUCACGGCCGCAUGGCGGUCAUUGAGGAGCGCCACCUGGCGGGCCUCGAUGCGCUGAAAAAGGAACGGGAAGAGCUGUUGCAGAGAGCCGUCAAUGAGAACCGGCAGCUGCGCGAGGCUUCUCAUGGGGGCAAGUCGCUGCCCGGGAGCGUGGCUGAGGCUGAGGCGCUGAUCCGGGACGCGGAGGCGGCGGCCGAGGAGCGCAAGGCGGUGCUGCUGGAGGAGGCGCAGCAAGCGGUGGAUGAGGCCAAGCAGAGGAUGUUGCAGCAAGCGCGGGCGGAGGUGGAGGGAGAGAAGCAGAGGAUGAUGCAACGGUUGCGGAAGGAGUUGGAGCAGCGCCAGGCGGAGAUGGAGCCCGCAUCGCCCCACUACUCCCCAACCGACGACCGACCGGCAGACCCGAGCGAGAAGGUGGUGCGCUGGAAAGCCAUUAUGCAAGAGGAGAAGGUGUCAGCGCGCCAACGAGAGGGCCUCGCAGAGAAGGUGGCCCAGAUGAUGGCGGGCGAGGAGGCGCGCAUGCUGGAUGCGGAGCGGCGGCGUGUGCAGGCGCGCAUUGAGGCGCGGCUCGGGGCCGAGGAACAGCGGCUGGUGCAGGAGCGGAUGCAGGUGAUCGAGGCGCAGCUGCGGCAGGACGAAGAGACGGUGUACGGCAAGCGGAGGCAGGAACUGGAGGAGCGCAUCCAGGAGCGCGUGCGCGGCGAGGAGGAGGCGGCCGUGCUGCGGAAGCGCGCAGAGCUGGAGGCCAAUCUUGCGCGAACGUUUGAGAAGGAGCGCGGCGACCGAGAGAUCAGCUUGCGUUUCGAGCUCGAGAAGGAGAUGCAGGCGCGGCGCAAGGCUCUGAAAACCGAGAUGGAAAAGAAGUCACAAAGCGAUUCCUCCGGCUCCGGUAGCCCGAGCGGGUUUAUGGCUAACCUUCUGCCGGGUCAAGCGCUGACCGAGACACAGCUAGUAGACCAAGAGCGAGCGCAAAUGCUGGAGCGGGUGAGGGUUCUGGUCGCGAAAGAAGAGGAGCAACUGCUCAAAGAACAGAGGGAAUCGCUGACGGAGAAAGUCAAGCAGACGUUGUCGGAGGAGGGCGGCGGCGUUGUGGAAGACAAGCGCAUGAGCGAGGGUGAGAAUAAGGCCCAGGAGGAGUUCACACUAGAACGGAGCCUGUCCAUGGAGGGGUUACAGGAAGGGUUGCGGGAGGGUUUGGGACGGGGCGAAGAAAUUGCGAGGGCGGAGGAGGAGGGGCGGGCGCGGUUAGCGCGGGUUAAGGAGGAGGUUGAGGAGCAGGUUAGGGUGGCGAGGGAGAAGGAGCUUGCGGAGUGGGAAGCGAGGACGAAGGGAGAACUAGAGGCGGCGAAAGAGCGGCGCGUUGCGCAGAUGCGGGGCGAGAUGGAUAUGCUGGUCAAGUCGGAGAGGCUCAAGUUGGCGAAGCAGCGCGAGAAGGACGUUGCGGAAGCCAAACGCAAAGCCGAAGAAGAGCGGCUGAGCGCAGAGUCAAGCCCUACGCCAGUCUCUGUUCUUCCGGGGUCUGUGGAUCAGUUGGUCAAUGAAGCCGAGCUUCGGAAUGAAAACGAGCGCGCACUAAGCGAGCUUCGGGAAACGUUAAAGCAGGAGCAUGCGCACGCAGUGGAGCAACUAGAGGCGGAGCACAAACAGUCGCGAGCAGAGUUUGAGAAGGAACGGGCAGAGCUGCGGGAGCAACUAGAGGCGGCCAGAAAGGAGAAGCUAGAGUGGGAGGAGAGUGAGGAACUCGAGAGGAAGAAACGGGAGGCGGAGAAGGAGGAGAGACUAGAACAGGAGAAACUAGAGGGGGCGGAAAAGGAGGGCGAGAGGGCGGCCGCGGAGAACGAGGGCCGGGAACAGCUGGAGGCGGUGCGGAAACGGUUAGACGAGCAGUUGGCGGAGCUGAAUCGGACGGCGGAGGAGGGGCUAGAGGCGGCGCGGAAAAAAAUGGAGGGUGAGCGUGAUGCCGAGGAGCAGCGGCAGAGGGAAGCGAUGGAGGCGGAGGUCGCGGAGAAGGUGCGCAAGGACAGGCGGCGCAUCCUGGAGGACGAGAAGAAGAAGGAAGCGGAGCUCAAGAAGGAGAUGAAGGCGCGGCAAGAGUUCCAGCGCGCCAAGAUGGAGGCGGAAUUAGAGCGGGAGAUCCGGCGGGAGCGCGAGAAGCGGCGCGAGGCGCUGCGCAAGGAGCUCGAGACGCAGGAGCACGACAGGAAGCGCCAGGCCGACGAGGAGUGGCGGGGCAAGGCCGCCAAGAUUGAGGAAGACGCGGCGGCGGAGCUGAAGAAGGUGCGCGCUGCGAAGUCACGCGAGCUGAAAGAAGAUCAGGAGUGGCUGGAGAAGGAGGCGGAGGCGGAACUAGACCGGGCGCGCGAGGAAAUUGGGCGCGCCAAAGACCUGCGGCUGGAGCGGCUGAAGCGAGAGACGCAGGACGACAUUGAGAGGGAGGAGGAGCGUGCGGAGGUGCGCAAGGCGGAGCGAUCAAAGCAACUCGAGCGCUCGUUGCAAGACCUCGAGAGGGACGGCGCGCGCGCGCUCGAAGAUGCGCAGCGCAGGGCGGCAGAACACCGAUCGCAUGUUUCCGCAGAAGCGGCGGAGGGGCGUGUGCUGACGUCAGCGCGAGUCACGGAUGACGACACGGAGCGGAGGCUGACAAGAGGAGGCGGGAGCAGGGGAGCAGAGAUGGAGGCUUGGCUCACGCAGCCUGUCGGUGAUAAUGGAGAAGCGAGGGACCCGAGAACUCCGGCGGCCAGGUUGCAAGCGGCUGCACCGGUGUCAGAAUCAGGUACCCAAACGGCGGAGGUCGGAAAGAGACUGGGUAGGGAGCCGCCCGGGGAGUUGAACCGGGCGCGAGACGAAGCGGAGGGGCAGGAGCUUCAGGGCCUGGAGCAAGUCCGAGAGGAGGCCAACUCGGAGCGGUCCGAGAUUCUGCAGCACUUCAUGCGGGACGCGCUGGCGAAGCAGUCUCAGAUGUUGCGGCACGCGACGUGGGAUGCGGAGGAAGGAAGGGUUGACUCCAAGGGGCAGCGGGGAAGCGGGCCGAAGAAGGGUGGCAGUGUGCGAGGCUCCGGCAGUUUGUCUGGGUCGAUUACGGACGGUCUGGGUCCUGCGUGGAGUCCGCAUGCCAGGUCUGAGGGGGGCAGCCCCGUCCGACGAGUGCACAAUGUCUUGCCACGUGGCCAGUCGUUACCCGGGCACACGGGGGAUCCCCUCACCCCGGAAAGGCUUGAUCGAGUGCAGAAUGUCUUGCCACGUGGCCAGUCGUUACCUGGGCACACGGGGGAUCCCCUCACCCCCGAGAGAAAAACACCGCAAGGGGGGGGUCCAGUAUUCGGCCGACCGGGGACGGUUGACGAUGUGUCUAAUGGAGGGGAAAGUUUCGGGGCGGAAAGCGCGCCCCCUAGAUUGGGGAGAAGCCCCGAGGGCCAGCGGCAAGUACUCCCGGGAGACCCCGACAUUUCGACCGCGCAGCUGAUGGAGGACCUGCGGAAGCACAAGGUGACGUCACCGGAACGGAUGGUCCGGCACGGGCUCGAAAGCGAAUCCGUAAAGAGUAGUAAUGGCAAUGGUAGCCUGGCGCACAGCGGAGGGAGCGGCGCGAGCCCCGAGAUGAGCAGCGGGUGGUCGCUUUUGCUCGACGAGCAGAACGAGAAGGAGGGGAAUGUGGAGAUGAGGCUCGGGCGGUUGAAGACCAGGAGUCCCGAGCCAAACCUAACCCCUGUGGUUAAGCUAGCGUUCCACGAUAAACCAGACAAUGAGGCAGGAGUUGAUCACAUAGGGGACAAUAACCCUGGCUACGGUUUAGCAAUCCAGGCGACGAUCAUGGCCCCCAUUUCGCCCCUUCCCCACAAAGACCUUGUUUCGGGGGGGGCCUCGUCGAUCAUCCUAGAGGCGAAGGUCCCUUCUGGUGCCCACUUUGCGAUCAGUGAUGCACCGUCCGGCGCUGCAAAGGCGCAUGCGCUACCCUAUGACGUCAGCCGUCCGUCAGCUGCGCCACUCCUGCCCGACGCCCCCUGGAACAAGAGCACCGACCGGCACAAGCCUCCACUUCCGGGCCAGUCGCCCGCUUUCCGCAUAUCCGAAGAGGCCUUCUUCGUCGAGCCAGCCCCCGAUUUGGUGCCCGAGGGGGGGUCGUUGCUGGACGAGAUCACCCCCCCAGAAAGCGAGAACCCUCACGAGGAUUUCGAAGACAUGGAGAGCCUGGCGAGCACGGUGACGUCAGCGCGUGCGAGCGGGGUCGACGGGGCCCGGCACGUGUGGGAGGAGCACUUCGGGGAGCGCGGGAGCAGUGCGAUGCUUCGAGCCAAUUCGUUGCCCGUGCAGCGAACGGAGGACGUCCCGCCCGCGCCACCUGGCGGGCUGUCGUUGGCGGAGAAGGCGCACGUGUUCCUGACCCACCAGCGCAAGUUCCUCAAGGAGCGGCAGCUCAUCAUUGAGCAGGCGCGGGCCGACUGGAAGAAGCGGCUCCAGGAACUAGACCAGCUGGCGGCGGGCGAGGAGCGGCAGCGCAAGCGCGGCUUUUUGAUGCAGCUCAAGGUGACGCUCGAGGACGCGGCACAUCGGGUCAACCAGGAGGCGCGCCAGAUGCGCGCGCUCAAGCACGAGCUUCUAGGGGAGGCCGCUCCGCCCGCCGGAGUUCCGUUUGAGGUCGGCCGGGCCACGUGA